AUGGCUCCUGCAAAGUCGAAAGCCCAGAAGAUGUCCAUUGGGACUUUUCUGGCAGAUGAGAGCUACGGCUCUUGGGCUGAUGAGAUGGAGGAUAAUCCUAUCCCAUUGCCCUCUUACGCAUCCCGCUCUGGCUAUGGCGGAGAUCGCAACACGUUCGGAACGUCCGGCGGUUACACUCAGGAGCAUGCUGACCGCGGCUACUCCGUGAGAGAAGAACUCCCCAUGCCAACCCAGCCACCGUACACCGCCCACAUCGGUAACCUUUCCUUUGAGGCCACCCAGGCCGAUAUCCAGGAGCUCUUUGCUGAGUGCGAGGUAACCAGCGUUCGCGUUGUGGAGGAUAAGCUUACCGGAGCCCCCAAAGGGUUCGGUUACGUUGAAUUUGCCUCAGUUGAUGGUCUCAAGAAGGCACUCACAUUCCAGGGUACCUCUCUUCAAGGAAGAAAUAUUCGAGUCAGCAUCGCGGAACCUCCCAAGGACCGACAUGACACCAGAGACUUCAGUGAUUGGACCCGAAAGGGACCCCUGCCUGACCUCCCAGGCCAACGACGUGUAUCAGACCGACCCAGCUUCGGUGGUGGCCGCAACUUCGAUGCCGGCUCUGACGCCGGAAGCGAGCGUGGUGGCCGACGUGGCUACGAACAGGCCAACGACGGUAGAUCGCGCGACUUCUCUAACUGGGAGAGAAAAGGCCCUCUUUCUCCUAGCUUGCAAAACGCUUCCGUCGCGAGGGAAGGUCGCCCACAGAGCAAGGAUGGUUCUCAGUUCCGCAGAGCCUCUCCCGCGUGGGGUGAAGGCCGUUCACAGGAUGGCUCUCGACCACCCCGCCGCGAGUUUACCGAACGUCCCGUCCCCGAAAGAGCCCCAACUGCACCAGAGCUCGAUAACCAAUGGAGAGCAAGAAUGCGACCAGAUGCUCCCGCUCAACCUGCUGCUCCUGCGCAGCCAGAAACUCCCGUUGAACCAACAACUCCAACUGCAGCUGCCGGUGCUGCCCCUGGAUCGAGGCCAAGACUCAACCUGCAGAAGAGGACGAUCCCAGAAACAGAGGCAACUGCAGCUCCCCCAGUCGCCGCUGAGACCAAAGCUAGUAUCUUCGGAGGUGCCAAACCUAUCGACACUGCUGCUAGAGAAAAGGAAGUCGCAGAGAAGAGGGAAUUGGCUAUACAACAGAAGAGAGAAGCCGAUGAGAAGGCCAAGGCUGAGCGCAUAGAGAAGCAAAAGGCCGAGAAGGCUGCUAGGGAGGAGGCUGAAAAAGCAGAGGCCAAUGGAGCCAAGGAAGAGGCCACAGAAGCCGGAAAGCCUGUUGAGAUUCUUAGGCGCGAGGAAGCCGGUGAAGAGAGGACUCCCGCUGAAGGAGGAGAAGCUAGCCAGACCGAAGGCCAAAAGACGGAAGCUGGUCAAGAGAAGAGCCGCCCGCAACUGGCAAGCCGUACGAGCAGUGGCUGGCGCAAUGGCAGCGGAAGAGGCCGUGGGGGUCCACCUCACAGCCGAGGAGGAUCUCGCAGUACCUCUCACCGUGGCCCUCCUGGACAAGGCCCAUCAGCAGAUGCUUCACCAGCAUCUCCCGCAACCCCCGACGAAGAUGGAUGGAGCACUGUCAGCGCGAAGCAGAAGAAUGCCCGCCGCGGCAACCCAUACAACCGUGGCCAGGCCUCUUAA